GCUGCCGUCUGCGCGCUCUCGGCUGGGACCGGGUGGCCCCGCCACCUGCGCGGGUCGGCGGCGGGGGGGCCACCGCUCAGCGCCUGCGCGGCCGAGGGCGUCCGUCACCAUGGCAGAGAGCGCCGGUGGCCCGGGCUCUUGGAGUGAAAACAUAUUGGAAUAUUUUCUGAGAAAUAAUCAGAUAACUGCAGACGAUGGCGCCCAGAUCACCUGGUCUCAUGCAGCUAACCACAAGGCUCAAAUGAAUGAGGCACUGAGAAGUACUACUCACAUGAUAGAGGCUGAUGUCAUUCUUCCAAGUGAUGGAUCAGAGCACUGCCAGCCUAUUAUGGCCCAUCCUCCUGAAACGAACAGUGAUAAUACUUUACAGGAUUGGCUGACUGAAGUUAUAAAAAGCAACAAAGGCAUCAAGUUGGAUUUUAAGAGCCUGGCAGCUGUAAAACCAUCCAUGAUGCUCUUGGAAACUGUGAAGCAGCACCUGCAUCGGCCCGUGUGGAUUAAUGCUGAUAUUCUCCCUGGUCCGAACGGCAGUAGCAGAGUAGUGGAUGCAAAACCUUUUAUAGACACGGUGACAUCCUUCUUCUCAGAUGUGACUUUUUCCCUGGGUUGGACAACAGGAUGGCAUCCUGAGAAAGUCAACGAAGGUUACAGUUGGACAAUGGUGAAGGAAAUGGAAUAUAUAUGCAGUGAACUAAAUCAACCUGUAACAUUUCCCGUGAGAGCAGCAUUACUCAGUCAAUCUUAUUCUCAGUUACUUUGGCUGCUAGAGAAAUCAAACAGGUACAGCCUAACUAUUUGGACUGGAAAAGAUGAUAAGUAUUCCAUUGAAGAUUUGCUUUACAUUAGAAGCCAUUUUAACCAAAAACAAGUUUUCUAUGACCUUUUGGAACCACAAAAUCAUGAAUUUAAAAAAGCCAUUGGAAUCAAAGUUCAUUGCUGAGAAGAUUUUCCUAAAUUAUUUCAGAUGUUUUUAGUUUCAUAAUCCUUCUUUGCUUCAGUCUGUAUUAGCUUAUAUAUAAAUGAUAAUAAAUGAUGUGCCAAUUCAUCCAAUCAAAAAUACUUGAUUCUGGGGCUGGAGCAAUAGCACAGUGGGGAGGGCGGUUGCCUUGCACACGGCUGACCUAGGUUCGAUCCCCAGCAUCCUAUAUGGUCCCCUGAGCACCGGCAGGAAUAAUUCUGAGUGCAGAACCAGGAAUAGCCCUUGUGCAAUGCCGGGUGUGACCUAAAAAGCAAAAAUAAAUAAAUAAAACUAAAUGAAAAAUACUUGAUUCUAUUUGACCUAUGUCCUUAUAAUGCAGUAUUCUAUUUUUGGUUUGGUUUUUGGACUAUACCUGGCAAUGCUCAGAGCACUAAGGGUUCACUCCUGGUUGGGUUCUUAGGACCAUAUGGGGUACCUGGAAUUGGGCCAGGGUUGGCUGAAUGCAAGGCCUUAACUGCUAUACCAUCUCUCCAGUCCCUUAUAAUACAAUAUUAAAAGUUUUAGAAACAAGGAACUGGAGUGACUGUACCAUGAUUUGGAUGCCUGCCUUGCAUGUGGUUGACCCAGGCUUGAUCCCAGCACCUCAUAUGGUUCCCUGGGUCCUGCCAGGAGUAAUCCCUGAGUGCAGAGCCAGGAGUAAACCUUGAGCACAACUAGGUGUGGCCCAAAACAAAAACAAUUUAAAACUAUAUUUUUGUGGACCUAGUCUAAUAACAAAAUACUUACCCUAACAAUUAGUAAAAUUGAUACAUCAUAACCCUUUAAGAACAAGAUAUAUUAAAUGUAGUCAAAAGAAUCCAUGUGUUAUAGUACAGGUAUAAGUCAAAUUUUGUUGAUACUUAUAGUACAGACAUUUCAUAAACAUGGUACCUACUAAAGAACUUUUUUUUUCAGAACUACAAAAGAGUGAGAGGGUUGGGCUGAGGGGCUGGGAACAUAGGCCAUCCUAGCACCACGUGGUCCUGGAGCAAAGCCUCAGUGGGCCUGGAGGGGAGAGCUGGUGCAGCCCAGAACACUGCCCUGUGUGGCCCAAAAACAAAAAGGAAAAAAAGAGAGAGAGCAAGAGAGCGAGAAAGGCAUCAAAACUGCUUGUAAAGUGGUUUGUUUUCUCAUGACAGAAUCAAAUCCAUUUCAUUGAAAACAAUACAUGUUAGCUGAACCUAGAAUUUUCAUAUUGUUAGGAAGCAUACUGACAACAGACAGUUUUGGAAUUCUUUGUUUCUACAUAGUAUCUUUUCUUCUGAGCAAAAUACCAUGGGAGAGCAAAAUUUUAAUCUUUAUAAUAUGUCGCCUGAACAAGUUUUGUUUCGAAGCACCACCUUUAUUCAGGUCAGGUUCUGGUACCAGAAUUUUAAAAACACCUCCUGGGGCUGGGGUUAAGAUACUUGCUUUGCAUGCUACCAACCCCAGUUUGGUCUUCAGCACCAUCCAUGGUUCCCUGAGCCCCACCAAGGGUGGUCCCUGAGUCCAGAGCCAGCAGUAAGCACAGCUGGGUGACACCCCCAAACAAAAUCAAAACACAGCAACAAAAAAGUACCUCUUCAUGUUAAAUGAAUGCCUUAUCCUAUAAUCUAUUAAACUCAACAUUAUUGCAAAGUGCUCUAUCAAGACCUUUUAUAAAGCAUUCCUUCUCUUAAAAGUGAACUGCAGUACUGCUAGAGAGUUGAAUUUAUAAAUAAACUGCAUUUUGAUGACAUUUGGAUUAAAAUUCAUUUUUUCUGGAAUAUUUUUACUGCUUGAUUAUAUUCCCUUUGGUAAUAUUUUAAAAACUAUCAUCUUUAGGCAAUGAUAUUUUAUAAUGAGAAGUUUACCAACUAAGUAUCAUGUUGUCACCAAGAGAAAGUUCUAAAGGUAUGGUCUAGACUGUUAUGGGGAAUAACAUUUAUGAGAAUUAAAAAAAUUAUCCUGCUAAUAUAUGAAAUUAUGAUGAAUAUCCGGUGGAAAGAAAUAACAUUGAGUGAUACUUCUCACCAUGCUCAAAUAGUAGAGUUGGAUCUUAGGUCUAAAUGUAAAAGCUAAAACUAUAUAGCAUUUAGAAGUGAUUAGGGUAGAAUAUUUUUAUGACAUUAGAGUAUGCAAUUAUAUUUUUAUUUUAACAGACUUGUUGAGAUGUAAUUGAUACAAAAUUGUAAGACAUUUCUUACUCUUUGUCUUCUCUAGUCCCCAAGGCAGCAAUGUAUUGUAGUACAAAAAACAUUAUUAAAAAAAUUAAUGGGACUCAUCAAAAUUUUAACUUCUCAUUAAAAUGCACCAUUAAUAGGUCUAACAAAAGACUUCAUACACAGAGUCUGUGAAGAACUUUUAUAAACUAAAAAAAAAUAUAUCAACGCAGUUAAAAAUAGACAAUAGUCUUGAAGGAAACUACAAUUUUGCUAUUAAAUACUGCUCACAUAUGUGGACUAAGAAAAUAUACAUUUAUUAACCUGGGAAGAUGUUAAAACAUAAUACAGGAUGUAAAACAGAUGUAUUAUAUUUAUAUAAAGCUGUAUGUCAUGUGCAUUUAUAUAUAUAUAUCUGGGGGGAAAGUUCAAUAUAUAUAUGGAGAAAAAAAGCACAAAAUAUGUAAGUGGUUAUGAAAUACCAAAUUCACCUCCAGAAUCUUGGAGCUAAUGUAUACAUAUUGAGAUCCUAUAAUAUCUGAGGUCUGGUUCCCAAGCCUGGCAGGGAAGAUAAUUUUUCAGUACAAGACCCAAUUGUUCAAACAGUCAGAGGUCUCAAUACUACAAUGAGACAUGUAUGACCCUGUACAAAGUGUUGUAAUUGAUGAUUAUCUACAUCUGUAUUUAUAAAUCCAGUGGGAAAUUGUUAAAAGUUAUUCAGAACAGAUUGUUGGAGCUAUGAUUUUUAAUUUUUGUUCUUGUCAUUUAAAAAACUAAAUACCUAGUGAAUUUAAAUGCUGUAACUCUCAACUGGUAAUUUGAAUGUUGUGUCUACCCAAGUCUGCAAAUCUACUUCUAUUCAUAAAUUCAUGAGUCAAUGCAAGAAAAGUAGUUGAAUGUUAAAAAAGGUGAUCGUGGUUGGAUAAAUGGCUCAAAUGGCUGGACUGGGAACUGGAGAGAUUGUAGAGUGUGCAAGGUGCUUGCUGGGACGGAGCUCAGGUGGUGCUUUGGGUCCAUAUGUAGUGCCGGGGAUCAAACCCAGACCAGGUGCAUGCAAAACAAGUGCCUCCCUUGCCAACUGUCCUAUCUCUCAAGCCCUCUAUUGUUUUUUUUUCUUAAGUUUUAUUGACACACUGUGAUUUACGAAGUUGUUUAUAAUAAUUUUUUUUAAGGCAAACAAAGUUCCAACACCAAUCCCAACGCCAGCAUGCCCUUCUCUCUACCAAUGUCUCAGGUUUCCUCCAACUUCCCAGCCUGCCUCCUUGGCAGGCAUAUAUCAUUUUUUUUUUUUCAUGUCGCUUGCUUUCAGUACUCAAAGGAAUGGGGCUGGGGUGAUAGUACAGCUAGCUGGGAGGGCAUUUGUCUUGCACAUGGCUGAACUGGAUUUGAUUCCUGUCACCCCUAUGGUAAACUGAGUCCCAGAAGGAGUACUUCCUGGACAGAGAGCCAGAAGUAAGCUCUGACUACCAUCAAGUGUAGCCAACCCCAAUUAAGUGUUACUUUACCCCAUUUUUUUCCAAUUAUUUCAUAUACAGUAAAAUUACUCAUCAACUCCACCAUCAGAGCAGAAAGAAAGCAGGCAGGGUUUAAAGACAACUGCUCUUCAGAGAGUCUUAUUUCUGCGUUUCUACUCUCAAAAGGGACCAAUCUAAUAAAAUUCAAAAGCUGAUUUGGGUUUGGCUGCUGCUGUAGGAUCGUCAAUAAGAUUUGUCAGUGUCCUUUUCUUACUUAUCCCUCUCUUGUGGUGACAGAAUGGAAUGAGUUCAAAUCUUGGUAUGAGUUUUUUGCUACAUUGUCAGUCAUGAGCUAAUUUUUCGGGGGGUGGGGGGCGAGAAUAUAGCUCAGUAGGAGAGCACUUGACUUACAAAUGUCAAGCUGUAGGUUUGAUCCCUGGCAUCUCAAAAAAAUAAAAAGAAAAGCAAAUUUAAAUAAUCUGGGUCAGAAAUUCAUGGCCUCUAAACAGAAUAUGUUGACCUCUACCUAAAGGGUUGUGACUUCGGGGCUGGAGCGAUAGCACAGCGGGUAAGGCGUUUGCCUUGCACAUGGCCGACCCAGGUUCGAAUCCCAGCAUCCCAUAUGGUCCCCUGAGCACCACCAGGAGUAAUUCCUGAGUGUAUAACCAGAACUAACCCCUGUGCAUCUCCAGGUGUGACGCAAAAAAAAAAAAAAAGGGUUGUGACUUCACCAAGUGGACUUGUGGGCUUUCUCCUGUCACAUGUUCUCUGCUAGAAUUUAUUUCACAGAUUUGUAUUUCUUCCUCAACUGUGAUGUGUAAGAUCAAUAAAUUUCUCAUUUUUA